AUGGCAGACUUCCAGUUUACCAGUGUGACCGACACGCUGUAUACCUUGUACUCGAACUUCACCAACAACAUAUCCGCUUCAGUCUCCAAACUCACCAUACAAGAUUACAUCCGCCUCGUCUGGAUCAUAGGAGGCUACUACUUUCUCCGCCCAUACCUCGACAAAGGUUUCAGAAAGCUCUUUGACUCCGGCCACGCAAAGCAAGAGGCAGAAGAAGCCGCUGCUGCCGAAGCGGAAGGCAGAGCGAAGCUGUCAGCAAACGCGUUGAGGCAAGGCGACGUCGCAGAUAGUGAUGAGGAGGAGGAGGAAGAUGAAGGAGAGUCUACUGGAGUAUCGAAUUGGGGCAAAAGUGCGAGAAGAAAGCAGCGGAACUUCAUGAAAUACCUAGAGCAGGAAGCUGAGAGGAAGCGAGCAGAGGAUGACGAUAAGGAUAUUGCGGAUUUGCUUGAGGAUUAA